AUCUGUUCUGAAAAAACCACAACCAGAAAUUGGCUCCUCACAUUCUUUAGGAGAUUCUCUAUGACUAUGCCAUACAUUCAGUUGAUUUCCUACUACCGCCAGACCUUUGAUGUAUACACAGUUUUGGAUCUAUUAACUCCAAAACAAAUCGGGGAUAUGAUAAUCCAUUCUGACACUUUGACCAACAUCUCUUUGGCAAAACAUCUUGUGGUCUUCUUCCAAGGUAGCAGCUUCAGCGAUGUCCAGAUGAUUCUCAAAGAAUUCACCCAAGCUGCUAUUAAGCACAAGAUUGUUGUCCUUCCAAACCUGGAAGUGACCCAGUUGCUCUUGACAAAUUUCCUGGAACUGGCAUCUUCUCACCUGGAGAUGUAUACUGCAAUUGAUUGGAACAUCACAUUCCAGCAAGAUCUAUGGUUCCUUGCUUAUGCAUUCAAUACUACAACACUUACUUACAUCAUUCCCCAAGACUAUGCAUCCUUCGUGGUUAUUGUCUCAAGGUUUAGCAAUGCACAUGACCAAAUGUCAGAAACCUCAAAGAGAGCUGUAGUGCUCUGGAUUAUUCACUAUCUCAAGGAAUUUAAAGCAUAUCACAUGGAGUUCAGUGAUGAAUGGAUCCAUCAGGCAUGGGGCUUGUUCUUCCAUGAUGCCACCUUGGAAGAAGUGAAAUCCACUCAUGAGAAGUUUGACCCUUUUCAUCUCUUACAUUUCCUGGAUGUUCGCCAGCUGAUUGACUUCAUUGCGACAUCAAAUGCAUUGGUCAAUGUGACCACAAUGAUGCAUGUUCUUUCGACCCUAAAGGAUAAAAACUCUGAAAUUUGUCUUGCCAAAAUGGAUGAAUUCUUGACAAGGCUCAACUUGGUCAUUGAACAGAAGAACAUUAUGAGCCUCAGAAAUGCUAAGGUGAGGCUGGAGGUGCUGAGUACCAUUUUGACAAACCUGGAACGCUAUUUCUACAAAUUUACAGCUUUAGACUACGAUUCCUGGUUCUUAAAUAAACUAAAAUUCCUUCUGCCUAGCAUAAAUGUGAAUUUGUUGCAGCUGAUACCACUGGAUGUCAGUUAUUCUGCCUACAGAGCCAUUUUUGGAGGCUUGGACCAGGUCUAUCCUGAGUUAUCUCAAGACACAUCUCUUCAGAUUUACAAUUUGAUGAAGAUUAUCAUGAAACUCCAGCUCAAUGUCUCAGGAACAGUAUUUCCUGGCAGUUACAACAGCAGCCAAGAUUUUCUGCAACUAAUGUUUUACAAAUUUGCACAUUUUGCUAGAUAUACUGACUUCCUCUUAUUAUAUAAGGAGUUUAAUGGGUUUGAAGUCCUUUCCCUCCUGUCCACAAAACAAAUGGGAGAAAUGAUGGUUGUUACUGAUGCCUUCAGAGAUGAAUUCCUGGCUAUACAGAUUUUGGUGGAACUGGAGAAACGCCCUUCUACCUCUAUCAUGGAUUUUAUGAUUGAAUUUAAUGCUGCAGCAAAACAGAAGCACCUGAUUGUCCUCCCAGAUCUCCGGAUCCGUGACUUAAUUUUCAGAAUGGUCUUCAAGACGCUCAAGUUUGGCACCUUUUCUGCUGAGCAAUAUUCUUUUUGGUUUGGAACUCAACUCCAGCUGUUCCUGACAGCUUUAUCACCCAGGGACCUGCAGCUGAUCCCACUCGAUGUAGAUUGCCAGUCUCACCAGCACUUGGUGAAGGCCAUGGAGAAACCAUAUGAUGUCUUAACAGCAGAACAGAAGGAAGCUAUUCAUGGGAGGAUAUUGACCUACCUGAAAAUAUAUCAGGCAAGACAAGGUACUACCUGCUCUCCAGAUGCCAACAGCACCCAUUGGCUCCUAAGCAAUUAUGGCCGAUUCAGUGCUCUCGCAAGCAUUAAGGAGUUCUUGUCAGUGAAUGUUAAUUUUAAUGCGGUUACAGUCCUGGCAAAACUGUCUGCAAGCCAGCUGGCUGAAUUAGUCAUAACUCUGGAAGCCUGGAAUGAUGGGAACCUUCUGAUGGAGAUCAUGAGCCACUUGGAGACCAUGGCAGAUCUAGCCAAAUUCCUUGACCAGCUGAAUAAGUUUGCUGCGAUGGAAUUGCAGAGCAGUGACAAUUCUGAUUUGAUUCUGGGCAUUGCAUUGCGAAAAUUAGCUGUCAACUUCGCAAAGUUCAAACCCAGGGAUUUCACCUACUGGUUCCAGUCUGCAUUCCAAAAUGUGCUGCAUGCUGUGAACAGAAGCCAGAUGGUCACCCUCCCACUCAGGAUAUCUUGUGACUCCUAUCAACAAAUACUGAAGGGUUUUGACAACAUCUAUUCCAACAUCCCAGCUGAAAAUGCUGCAAACAUUUUUGGAUUCAUCAAAGCAUUUUUGAUGUCAAAAGUCAAAUCAGGCUUGGCCUGUGGACACCUUACCCAGAGCUUUCGGGACUGGCUACAAAUCAACCUUGGGAACUUCAGCCAAUAUGCUGAAUAUCAUGAUUUGCUGAGCUGGAACCUGUAUUUUGAUGGAAUGGCUGUCUUAAAAUAUUUGUCUCCAUCACAACUUGCAUCAUUCACUCUGGAAUCCGGAGUCAUCAUCAACAAAGAGCACAUGUGCCAGAUCCUUGCAAAAUUGAAGAACAAACCAUUGACAGACAUUUAUGAAUAUUUGGAUCAAUUCAACACAGUGGCCCAGAAGCUUGGAAUAACAUCCCUGAAAGAUGAAGGCAUACAAAAGCAAAUGCUUGUGCAGUUUCUUGAGGGAACUGAGGGCACAUUCUCAACAUUUGCUCCUGAAAACUGGACCCACUUGCUGUCAACAAGACUGGGCCUCCUUUUGCCAAGCAUUAGUGAAAAGGAAUCUCAAGGGAUCUUGUCUUAUGUUUCUAGUUGUGAUAGCUUCAGAGCUGUGGUAUCCUCUGUCGGCCAAGUUUAUCCUUCUAUUCCACUGGCCAAUCGAAAAGGCAUUUACGAUACUUUAUUUGCUUUCCUCGACACCCAGCACAAAAUCACAGGAUCUGCAUGUUCUUCUCACACCAAGAGUACAGAGUCCUGGCUGCAAGACCACCUUGGGCCAUUUGUCAAACAAGCUUCUUAUGAAGAUUUGACCAAGCUGCUGGCCAGCUUCAGUGCGUUUGAAAUCAAGGAUAAUCUCACCUCUAUCCAACUUGCUCACGUCUUUUUUGGCUCUAACAUCCUGCAUAAUCCUGAUAUGGUCCGUGCACUUCUGAUGCCUUUAGAGAACAGGUCUCUGGAAGAGACUUCUGCUUUUGUGUCAGAGUUUGUCCUCAUUGCAUCACAGAAGGGAGUGAUGUUCCUGGAAAACACAGAUGUGAGGUUUUUGAUGCUUGAAACCUUUUUCUACAAGAUGCAAGAUUUGUUCCCCAGUGCCUCUGUCUCCCAGUACAAAGAUUGGUUCCAGAGUAAGCUGAUUCUGUGGCUGCCCAGUAUGAAUGCCACCACCCUUGCAAUGAUCCCCAAAACUAUCCCUUGUGGCACUUUCAAAGCUAUAAUGGCUGGCUUGGAUGGGAGUUUUCCACAUAUGUCACCAGAAAAUUGUCAAGAUGUUUACAAGUUUGCCAUAGACUAUUUGACUUCCAAGAUUUCUCAAGGAGGUGAUCCUUGCAUUGAAAAUACCCGGGGCAGCUUGGACUGGUUAAAUGCCAAUUUUAAACACUUCAGCAGAUUAGCCACUUAUCCAGACCUGGUUGGCCUGAAUCCAGAUUUUAAUGCACUGGAUGCAGUGGCAAGUCUCUCACCAUGGCAACUGGCUGACUACACAUUACAAGGUGGUGUUCUGCGUGACACAGACAAAGCCCGGAAGGUCUUUGGGGCUCUUGAUUCACAGGAUAUUGCAGAAUUUAUGGAUGCUUUCAAUGCUGCUGCCAAGCAGCAUCAUCUAUCUCAACUGCCCCACUUGGAGAUGAGGCGGUUCAUCCUGGGUGAGAUUUUCUGUCACUUGAAUGGCUUCAUCCACCUUUUCACUGCAGCAGACUAUUACGCAUGGUUUGGACAACGGCUCCACUUUUUCCUGAGUAGCCUGGAUGCCCAGAAUCUUGACUUCCUACCUAGUGACCUGAGCUGUGAUUCCCUUGCAGCCAUAGUGAGCACUUUAAAAGACCACCAUGGCAACAACACAUUUGAAAACCCUGAAGAUAUAUAUUCUUUUAUAAAGCGGGUUCUCCAUUUCCAUGUACAAAAUUCAGACUCUGCUUGCGCACAGGGGAUCUCCACAGAUAGGCAGUGGCUGGCAAGAUUUUUUGGACCCUUCACCAUUUAUGGCUCAUACUCAGAUUUCACUGCACUGAAAAGCAACUUCCAUGGGUCAGAUUCCUUGGACUUGUUCUCUGCAAGAACCUUGGCUGAGAUGUCAGUUCAAAGCCAUACCGUUUACAGCACUUCAGCCAUGAAGCACAUCUUCCAGACUAUCAAGAAGAAAGCAGAUGCAGACCAGUUCCUUGGCACUUAUUUGGAUGAGUUCAACCCCUUUGUAAUGAAGAAUCGUGAUUUGCUAAGCAACGCCAAUAUCAGGGAUGCCCUGCUGAUGUUGUCAGCAGAGAUCAGCUUUCCCCAAAUGUCAGCUCUUUCUUUGAAAGACAUGGCUGGGUGGCUAGAGAGACUCAAUGACUUGCUGCCAGGUAUCAAUGGAACCAUGCUGGAAUUGUUGCCACUGGAUAUGUCCUGUCCAUACUACCAAACAGUUGUGAAAGCUCUAGACAGUGUUUAUUCAACAUUGUCAACCAGGAAGAGGCAGGAUGUCUAUGGAUUUCAGAAGACUUACUUAACUGCCCAGUUUGCUAUCUCAGGCUCAGCAUGUGAUGGAGGGAUGACUGGAAUCCAAGAUCUGCUGUUGAAGAAUUUUGGAAAGUUUUGUUCAAUGGCUAAACUAAGUGAACUUCAAACUUUUUAUCCAGAACUCAAUGGAGUGGAGAAAUCUCCUGUUUAUAUCAGUCCUAAAGAAGCAUCUGACUUUACCAAUAUCGCUCAGAUGUUGCAGAAUGCCACUCUAGCCAGGCAUACCACUGGAAUGAUCAAGAAUUUUACCAAUUAUUACUCUCUCCAUGAAUAUCUAUCCAGGCUCCAAAGGGGUCCUUGCCAGGACACCAUAGUCACAGCCGGUCCAUCAACAUGUAGGCAAUCUUCUCCUGCCUUCACUGUUGAAAUCCAGCAAGAAAUCUUGGAAAAUGCACUAUUUUUCCUCAAAAAAGAAGGUAGCUCAAUGAACUCUUCCCAGUGGAGAGAAGCCUACUUCCUUUUGUUUUCCAACAUCCUGCCCAGGACAGUCCACCUUUCCCAAAUGGCUCCCAAAUUGCCAUGUCAUCUCUACACUAUCUUGAAGGCUAUCACUGCUCUUCAUCCUAGUCUUAUCAAACAACAGGAAGAACUUGACAAGGUCAAACCUCUAUGCUUUCCUGGAAGACAACAUCCUAAUAUUAAAGCAACAACUCAUAUCCUUGCAAAGAUGACAAAGUACAGCUAUCAAGAUGAAACACACAGCAAGCACAGAAUUGGGACAUUUCCCCAUCCGACUAGCAAAUCACAUACUACUAUGUUUAGUAGUAGUACUACUACUACUAAACAAAACCUAGAAGGUUCUCCAGGUAAUACGCUCAGAAACAGGGAAAUGGACACUACAGGUCAUGCCACAAUUCAUAAUCUUAGAAACACCAGUGGUUUCUUUGAAAAUGUGACAAAUAAACCAAUUCCUAUCCCUGGAGGUGCCACAAAGAGUAUUUUGCAAGGUAUCACAACUCAUAUCUCUGGAAUUCCCAGGUUUAGCAGCCCCCUAAGUGCCAGAACUAAUGCCCUUAGAGAUGCCACAAAUGAUGUUACUAGAAACACCACAGGUGACUUCACUGGAAAUAUCACAGCUCGUGGCCUUGGAAGGACCAGCAGGCACAUUUCUGGAAGUUCCAGAACUGACAUUUCUAGAACUACUAUAGCUGGUAUACAUAAAAGGGCUAGCAGAUGGAUCCCUAAAAGGGUUACUCAAAUAUCCAGGAGUGAUUCAAGUGAUAUCCUUGGAAGAGGAAAUCUUCUGGAAAGUGCUAUGCAUCACAUCUCUGCCAGUCAUAACCCUAGAUGGUCCACUGUUCAAAUGUUUGAAAAGAUCACAAGUGGAUUUCAACAUUAUCCUAAAAGUUUUGCUAGUGAAAUCCCAGAUGAUAUUACCAAACUUGAAAAUACUAUCACACAUAUCCCUGCAAAUGACAACAGCAACAUUCUUGUUAGUGGCACAGAUAACAAUUAUGGCAAUUCCUCAACUUGCACCACACCACAUAACUAUGGAGGUUCUACUUAUCGUGUCCAGGAAAGUAUCUCAGCUAACUUCAAUGGGAUUGAUAGGACUCAUAUUCCUGGAUAUACCACUGAAAAUGUCCUAAUGGACAGUGGAACAUACUCUCUAGGAAUUACUGCUGAAAACAAUUCUAGGUAUGCUAAGAGCAAUAUCCGCGAAGUUGCCAAAACUCAUAUCCCUGCAGGUGUUACUGUCAAUCAACAUGUGGUUCACUUUCUUGACAGCAAGAAUGAAAAAGUAUCUCAUAGUGUGAUGAAAUAUAUCCUUAAAAACUCUACACCUCCUAGAAUUAGUGGUGCCAUGGGCAUGCCUGGAGUUAUCUCAAGUCACACCUCCAGGAGCAGCCCAGCUGGAGGUGCUGCUGACAACAUUCCCAGGACUUUUACAGGAAACAUACUUGGAAGCACAGCUGGUAAAAUCUUAGAAAGCAUCACAGCUCAUUUUCUUAGUGUGAGUUCUAGCAACAUCCCUGGAGAUGCCAUGACCUUUGAAAGUACCACAAUUCACAUACCUGGAGAUGCUGUAACUAACUUCCCUACAAACAACAUAACUCACAAUCUUAGAGGUACAGCAGGCAAUGAAAAUGAAGGCACCACAGCUAGUGUCACUGGCAAUCUUCCUACAGGCAUAAGAAGUCAUAUCCCUGGAAAUGCCUUAGGAAGCACACGCAAUACAUCUGCAAAUACUCCAAGAAAUAAGCCUGGAAGACUCACAGUUCACCAACUUGAAGAUGUCAAUAGCAAAUUUCUGAAAGGUAUUGUAACUAACAUCCCAGAAGAUGCCACAAUCAAAAUGUCUAGUGUGGUUACAGGCAACAUAGAUGGAGCUGCCACCAGCAAUCUUCCUAGAGAUGUAACAUAUGUUCUUGGAACUGAUAGUAACUGGCCUGAUGUUAUAACCAACUAUAUCUCUAAAGUAUUUAGUAACAUUUCUCAAAACAAUGCUUUGGGCAACAUUCCUAGUGAUGACCUAACUCAUAUCACUAGAGAUGCCACAGACAAUAUGCCUAAAAACAUUAUUCACACACAGGGCAAUAUUGAUACAAUGGGCAACAGUCCCAGAGAUGUAGCAGAUAGCAUUCCUGAAAGCAUUACUACAAAUAUGCUUGGUAGUAUCAUAAACAAUGUCCCUGAAGAUACCAGUACAUCAGUUCACAGCCUUAAUGGAAUUACUAGUAAAUUUCCCAGUAGUAUCACAUUUCAGAUAGUAAGAAAUGCCACAAUCAACAUUCUUAAAAGUGUUACAGCUUCAGUACUUAGAAGUACAACAGAAGGUGAAUAUAUUCCCAGCCUGAAGAGUUUCACACAUAAUAUACUUCAUGGGGCUACUGGCAACCUAUCUGAUGAGAUCAUAAGUAAUGUUAAUGGAGGUGAUACAAUUCAAGUCCCUGAAACUUAUGAUGCAACAGGAAACACACCCCAAAUCUCCAUCACUCACAGCCCUGGAAAUGGGACUAUGAAUUACAUCUCUGGAGGAGCCACAACCCCUAUCUCCAAAAGUACCACUGGAAAUAUAUUUCAAAGCACCACAUCUAAUGCCAAAGAAGUUGCAAUGGGAUAUGAUCAUAAAGCGGUCAACAUCCAUGAAGGCACAAUGAGCAACAUUUCUGGAGGUGCAAUUAUUUACAUUCCUGGAGGUACUAGUACAGACAAAAAUCUGGGAAGUGUCAUUAGCAACAGUGGAGCUUCUGUUAUUUAUACACAUAGGGGUGCCACAAUUAGUGUUGGUAGUGGUAGCAGUAAUAUUUCUAGUGAUCUCACACUUAAUAUAUCUAAAGGCACCAUUCCUGAACAUUCCACAGUUCACAUUCUUAGCAGUGAUAUCAAUAAUACUGAAAAUAAAACUACUCUCUUCCUGGAUGGUUUCUCAAGCAAUAUUACUAUAGGCAUUCCUGAUCAUAUUAGGGGUAAUGACUACAUAGACACUUUAAUUACCAUCCCUGGAGAUAUCAUGGGCAACACUUCUCAAACUACCAUCUCUAGCAUUGCUUCUGAUAAUGAUAUAUUCAAAGAUGCCACACCUUCAACAGAAGUUAUAACUCCCAUUCAUGGAGGUGCUUCCGUAAAAAUUCUGAGUGAUUUUACAGGUAACAGUGCUGGAGAUAUAAUUAGCAAUAUUCCUAUUAAUGAUACAAUAAACUUCUUUAAGGAUGCUACAGUUUCUAUUCCCGUGGGUAGCACCAAACAUAACUUUGAAGACAAAGCAACACAUGUUCACGAUGGUUCUCUAGGCAACAGCCAUGAUGAUGCCACUGAAAAUAUUUUUCAGAAGAUUACACCACCAACUUCUGGAAGUAGCAAAAGUACUAUUUCAACUCAUCUCCCAGGAAAGGGCAAUGAAGAUGAUGUUCCUGGAGGCCCAAACCAUGAUAGUUCUAGAGAUGUGACAACUAACAUCUUUAUUAAUGCUAUGACAUAUAAUCUUACUUCUGUUCCUGACAGAGGCAACAGCUGGGCAAAUAAAUCUGUCCUUAUGUCAUUCUACUGUGUUUUCACUAGGAUUUUUUUCAUGGUUUCAUUAUAGUUUUUUAUCCAAAUGCAAAUCAAAUAAAUAAAACUUUUUCACGGUA